AAUCUUCAUAUAUUGACAGAUCUGUAUCUGCUGAUGAUAGUGAACUCAAUGUUGAAUUAUUGAUUAAGAACUUGAAGAAUGUGAUAAUAAAGAAAUUGCUUAUAUCAUAUAUGACUGAGUCUUCUGCAUCUCUCUCUGUUCUCUCUGUUUCUUUCUCUGCUACUUUCUCUCAAUCUUCUACAUCUGUUUCUGUGUCUGAUUCUCCCGCUCCUGCUAUCCCUGUUCCCACAAUUCUCACUCCUGCUACUUCUGGUUUUAUCUUCUCUGCUUUUGUUAUCAGCUCUCCCCAUUUCAAGGAGAUGUUAUGUAGACUUCAUGAAUUACAUUUCUCAAGAAUCACUCUCUCUCUCAACAGUAUUAAGAUUAUAA